UUUAAAAAGAUUCUAAGAAGAUUUUAAGAAGAUUUUGUUAGAACAUUUUAAAUAUAUUCAUUUGUAUUUCAAAUCAAAAGAUAAAGAUAUUAAAAGAUAUAAUAAUGAACUUACGUAAAAUAUGAUAUUUUCUAGUAAUGGUCCAAACUAAAAAAUCACACAUGAAAAGAAGUCAUGACUUCUGUUUUAAUAUAUAAGAUAUUUGAUAUAAACAGCACCAAAAUUUCAAUACGUAAGGGUCAUUGUCAUAUAUAUCAUCCUCCUCCAUUAGAUCAAAAUUUUUUUACGAGAUCAACUUUUGAAAUAUAAAUAAACCAUGUCCUAUUAAACAUUAUUGAUCAAACCUGGAGAGUAUUUUUCACCCAAAAUUUUAUAAAACGAAUCAAUGAAUUUUGCUAGGUCUUGGGUUUUUGGACCUAAUUAGGUAUUUAGAAAAAAAUUUGGGUUCGGAUCGGUUUCUUUCGGAUCUGGAUGGUUUCAACUCCAUAAUUCAAAUACCUAUUAAAUAUAUGUUAUUUUUUGUAUGUAACGGGUAUGGAUCCGUUCAGAUAUUUAGGACUCAAAUAAAACUCGAUAAACAUAAAUAUACUCGAAACACAAAAAAUAUCCAAAAUCUAAACAAAUACCUGAAAAUCAAAAAUACUCAAAAGACCUAAAAUUGUACUUGAAAUCUGAUCCGAGGAACAAAAAAAUACUCAAAAUUUUAUCUGAAUACCCAAAUAUAUUUUUAAAUUUUGAUUUUUUAUUCGAAAUCCAAAACUAUAACCGGAAAUUCAAACCAAAACUCAAAAAUAUAUGUAUACCAAAAAAAAUUCAAAAUACACAAAUAUAUAUAAUUUACACAAACAUUUUGGGUACUUUGGCUCCCAAAGGACCCAAACGGAUUUCGGCUAGGUCUCAGACGCGAACAGAGACCCACAUUUCCAAAAAAAUACGUAUUUUUCUUUGGACCCGACGCGGACCGAACCAGAAUUUUCGAGUUGAUUUUGGUUUGGUUUUUCGGGGUUCAUGUAAAAUAUCCAUGCGUAAGAGAUAAUUACAUAAGAUUUGUACAUAAUUCUAAAUAAAGUAAUUCAUGAAUUAUAUAAUAUUUUUUAAAGUUAUUUCUUUUAUAUAAUUCGACUAUGUAACUUAAUAAUGGAAAACAAUCACACAAUACUAAUUCAUAUCAAAAUUUGUUAUAACAAAAGAACCCGCGCUUUCAAGCGCGGGUCAAAAUCUAGUUAUUAUUAUAACUCAUGAAAAAUAAGUUACAAUAUGCAUUAGUUUUAUAUACUGAAUGAUCUAACCUAAUUUCCUAAGCUAAUAUAAAAUAAUAUAUAGAUAAAUGUAAACUUUAUAUUUUUCUUGGUCUUCCAGAUUGUUCUAGAUUCGUUUCGAUCUUUUAUAUCUUUAUUUAUUUUCGUAUUUUCCAUAAUUUUGAUAUGGUCGACCUCAUCGAUUUCCCAACAGAAAUAUGAAUUUAAACGUAAAUACUUACUAAAAAAGGAAAAAAUACUCUUAGGUGACAGAUUUUUUUUUGUUUCACAAAAGCCUAACUCCUACGUAUAAAUAGGGACGUCCUUGAAACUUAAAAAGACCACCAAUAAUUAUAACAAUACAGGCAAAAACAACAAGUGUUUAAAGGUAAGUGAGAAUGUCCAACACCAGUGAGCUCGCCUGCACUUACGCCGCUCUAAUCCUCCACGACGAUGGAAUUGAAAUCACCGCUGAGAAGAUAGCAAAACUAGUGAAGGCAGCCAACGUGAACGUUGAAUCAUACUGGCCUAGCCUCUUUGCUAAGCUGUGUCAGAAGAAGAACAUUGAUGAUCUCAUCAUGAAUGUUGGAGCUAGUGGUGAUGCAGCUGCUCCGGUUGCUAUCAACGUUCCUGCUGCUGCACAAGCUGUCCCAUCAGCUGAGGAGACAAAGAAGAAGAAGGUAUAUAUAUUUAUUGUCUGUCUCAGGACACAGUUACAAUUAUUGAAUAAAAACCUAACUAUAUAAUAUGCUUAUAAUGAAAACUAAUCGAAUGUAAUUGUUUUGUGAUUUUAGGAGGAGGUGAAGGAAGAAAGUGAAGAUGACAUGGUCUUCGGAUUGUUUGACUAGAAGCCCUUCUUCUUUUUGUUGAAAUAUCUUUUUUUUUUCUUUUCGGUGUAAGAUAUGUCUUGUUGCUUCUUUUUGGAACAACUUUGUCUUGUUGCUUUGAGAAGCUUUUUUUUGUUGUUGUUAAAUCCUCAAACUUUAUAUUCAACAUAAUACAUUAUUAAUACUUUUUGUUAAUCAGUUUUAGUUAGAGAAUUAAAACCUAUAUCUUAUCUAUAAGAAAUAAAUUAAAAUUUUGGUCAAUUAAUUUGUUUUUCUGAACACAUGAUAAAUCAUCUAACAUCAUCUCCAAACUGCAUCUAUUUUUCUUUAAUAAUUAAAAAAACUCUAAAAUAGAUAUAAUUUCUCUUAAAUAUGAUUUUUAUAAUAGAUGAAUGCAAUACUUUUACAGAGAAAUGGUAAUAAAAUUAUGUAACAUUCUUGGCUUAUGAAAAUGUAUUUUGCUUUCUUUAACAUUCUUGUGCAUUCAUUUUUUAUAAUAGAUGAAUGCAAAAUGUCUUUGGCUAUCAUCCGAUCUAUAGAGAGAGAAUCAAGAUAGUAACUUUUUUUUCAGUUUCUUUUACCUCAAAAACAGAGUAAAACAGAACCAUUUAAAAAAGAGUUGUUUAGCCUUUUAUUAAUAUGUACAUUGUUUCCUGAACCAUAACAGAUUCAAUUCCUUUCACUGUUUUUUUCUCUCUCAAGAACCCUUACCUCCCAUACA